AAAACAAAUUAGAUCUCUAGAUAUUAUUAAAGAUGUUUUUGUAAAAAUUGCAGAAAUUACUAUUCCUAUUUCUAUAGAAAUUAUACUAGCAACUACUUACUCUCUUAUUUUGGAAAAUGAUUGUCAUUAUAUUAUUGUAUCUACUAUCUAUGAGUAUAACCAGGCUAUGGAAGAACAACCCAUAAUCAGUAAAAUUCAAGAUAAACUAUAUAUCAAUGAAAACCAAAAAUCUCUUGCAAGAAAAAUCAGAGAUGUAGAAUAUGUGGACAAACUAAUCAUUACUUUAAAGAUUGCUAAUAUAAUAAAUAAUGAUUAUGGGUAUAUUGCUGUUAAAUGUCCUUACCAAAAAUCUGAAUGUAUUACCUAUACUAAUUGUGGUCAAUCAAGUCAUCAAUUUAAGGAUUGUUUAGAAAAUAAAUACAAAAA